AUGUCCGGCCUCGUGGCCAGGAGGGCGUUGAUCAUUAUUCUUCCGCUGCACAGUCCACGGCAACAUACCCGACAGAAGAUGGUUCCGCAUCAUACGCUUCCUUACCCGCGCGAGGCUUGCCUUUUUCGAUAUUUUGUCGAAGAAAUUGCGCAUUGGUUUGACUUGUGUGACGAAGACCGUCAUUUUCAGCUUGCCGUUCCUCGGCGUGCUCAUCACCACCCGCAUCUUCUCAAUGCGAUAUUCGCAGUCGCCGCCCGUCAUCUCAGUCGACUCCCGCAGUACAGGACGCCAGCCGGCAUUCUGUACCACGGACAGCUCAUUCCCCAGCUGAGCGAGCAUGACGCGGUCGAGUAUAUGCUCAAAUGCAUCCCCGCGCUUCGGAACUUUCACGAAGUCGAAGACGAUGAUUAUAGGGACAGUAUCAUUGCCACGGCUGUCAUCCUCCGCCAGCUGGAAGAGAUUGACGAAGAGGAAGAUGACGCGCCGGCAAACGACAGCGGCAACAGCCAAGGCGACAGCGGCCAUUCCCCCUCUGGCAAGCAGGUCAAUUUCCUCCCCAUCAUCAAUGCUGUGUUGAGAAGCUCUGCGUCGCAAGCGCUAUUCGGCCGGAGAAGUCUCAUCCAAGCAGCGUACUGGAUGGCCCUCCGCCAGGAAAUCUACCACUCCUUCACCCGAAAACAGCCGCCGCAGCUGUUUCCUUCGGCCGACCUGUGGCAUAGCGCUUCCAAGGCGAACAAGACGGUGAUGCACACCGUCCAGGUGGCCAAGUGGCGAUGGGAGGACGGGUCGGAACGCGAAUGGCUGAGACUCAUGGAUCAGCAAGACUAUCUCGAGCGCGAGAUUCUGGUCAAUUUUCGGCCCAUCUUCAAGACGACGGCUGACAAAGCCAAGGGAGAGAUUUUUCCUACUAUCUGGUACGGGUCCAACCUGGAGGUGACGAGCAUUCAGCAGAGCAUCAUGGCCAAGUCGGUGCUGGUCGCUGAGAAUCCCUUCCUCAAAGCGCCGUCGGCAUCGCGUGCGACCUGGCGAAAGGCUGAAAACGACGUCCGUCUGCUGCUGCUGGAGCUCUGCGGCAUCGCCCUCUGCCAUCCAGCCUCCCCUCCGGCGCUGCUGAACGCCGCCAUCGGCAUUCAGCUGUACGGCGACUUCUUCACGGACCGUUACGAGCGUCAGGCGCUACGCGGCGUCGUGGAAAAGUAUCGAGAUGCGCGAGCCUGGCCGGUGCAGAAGCUGCUGGAGAUGUUUAGGGAAUGA